UAUUGAAGACUUGAGGCAGGAGGUGCUGAUUAGGUAGGCAUCACGCAUCAAUUCAGAUGUGACUAUCUUGGGUUCGUCCGUCGUCGACCGACGAAUCAGUAGCCUAAAAGUAGAGACAGAUCUGGCCGGCUAGAAGGAUCUGCCUAUAAAACUACGACGAGCUCAACUGCAUCUCCUUGCCCACCAGCCAAACUUGUUUUCGAGUACUAGUACGUCGCAGUUGGCUUGAUUUGAAGUUCUUAGUGCGACUGUACCUGAACAGAUAUAGGCGCUGGACCUCAUCGUUCUCGCCUCUAGAGUAAAGAAGCUUGUCGUACCAUGUUGCUCCUUCAGUUCUUCGUCUCCUCUCCCUCCAAUGUAUAUUCCGCACUUAAUACCUUGCCUUGGUAAGCCGGCGGGCAAGGAUAGCUUGUCAGUAGUUUCGGUGCUCAGCCAUUUUAACCUUGGCUGGAAACCAAGAACAUGAGAGCGUAUGUCAGCACUGUGGAGGCUGAAGCCGAAAUCGAUCCCCGGAUCACUGGAAGUCUGCGCACCGUCUGCGCGUUCGAGGUGCUGAAGAUCUAUAUCGGCGCCCCUUACAACUACUAUCCGAUAACGUACCGCCCCUGGGCUCACCUGAACAAGGCAGAAGUGACCCUGGAGGGUUACCUGUUCUCGGCGGUGGCGCAGUGGCUCAUCGCCCACCCUGAGGACUUGGCCGAUGUCGAUACCAUGAGCUCGAUCGCCAAACGCUGGAACCCCUCGAUGGCGAUGACGAGAGACAAUUUUGGUGGGCCUCGCUCCCAAGCUUGGCCCCUUAUCAUCGAGGAUCACAAGAAGCGUACGGCCCGACCUAUUCCUGAGAUGUUCAACAUCAACAUGGGCGCGAACAAUGCCAGAGCUUCGGUCCAGACAGUUCGGUCAAGAUGGACCAAGUCACAAUUGAAAACCAGCGCAGUAUCCUCUUCUCUCCUUACUCAAGUCCGUUGGCUCUGUCUCGAGCCUGAUGAAUUGCGACCUUAGCUUCCCAUGCUUUAGACUCGGAGAUCGUGGUUUGAACCGGAGCCUUGUUCGUGUGACGGCCCAGCGCCUUUUCAUUCAUUGAAAUGACGU